AUGGACUCGGUCGUGGCUAAAGAACAUCUCACCGCGCCGCUUACACCUUACCAACUAGAGAUGCUGAGUAAGACCAAGGAGGACCCUUCGAGGAACUACAGCUUUUAUGGUCUAACAAGAAGCAAUGUCAACGGCACCAUCAUGGCCGAUCAAUUGCACGAGGUGUGGGAAACCUUGUUCUAUCGUCACGACAUAUAUCGAUCGACAUUUGACCUGGACGCCAAAACUCAAACAGUACAUGCAAAGCCUGACUUCAUUUGGAAAAGCUUUGAAGUCCUGGACGAAACAGAUAUGGAGUCAGUGUCUAGGCGCGAGAGGGAGUCCUUGUAG